AUGUAUGCCUCUUCCAUUCGAUUGAUCAACCUCCUGCGUGUCAUAAACCUUCGUGAUGAUGACCCCUGUCCACCUUGCGAUUGUCAAGACACAAUAAGCGUGGAAAGGACAGCCUGGACCGACGAUAAUGUAGCUCGCAGGAUUUGGAACUGCAAAAAGUCUUUGUUAGUUAAAGUCCAAAAUGCAAGUUUUUUAUGUGGAAAGACAAAGAAAUGGAGGAGGGUUACUACAAAGAACAACUUCCAAGCUAUGGAAGCAAAUAAGCAAGUGUUUGAGACACAGUUGACGGGGUUGAUGAAGCAAAACAGACUGCUGAAGUGUGGGAUCUUUGUUAUGGCUAUUAUACUCAUUGCCACGUGGUUGAAAUGGCCUUGA